AUGAGUGAUAACGGAAGCGAGACCCCCAUUGUCGCCGAUGUCGAGGAGGUUCAGGUCGCCGAGGCCGAAGCCCCCAAGGGCAAGAUGUCCGUCGAGGAUGCCCUCCAAGUGAGUACGACAAGGCUACGGCUCAUCAAAGAUUCAAGGCUGAUCCGAGAGCUCCCUCUUCAAUCCACUCAGGACGUGUUGAAGAAGGCCAUGAUCCACGACGGUCUCGCGCGCGGUCUUCGCGAGUGCGCCAAGGCCCUUGACAAGCGUCAAGCCCACCUUUGCGUGAGUUGCCGCCAAAGCAGCUAAUUCGUCGGGAAGGCAAGUCUACUCAAUCCCGAGUUCAUUCCCUCCAUUCACCAGGUCCUCAACGAGUCGUGCAACGAGCCCUCGUACGUUCAAUUGAUCGAGGCCCUCUGCGCCGAACACAAGAUCAACUUGAUCAAGGUCUCGGACCCCAAGUUGCUGGGCGAGUGGGCCGGUCUGUGCAAGCUCGACAAGGAAGGUGUCGCUCGCAAGGUCGUCGGGUGCUCGUGCGUCGUCGUCAAGGAUUACGGCGUCGAGUCCGAGUCCCUCAACGUUUUGUUGGAGUACUUUGCCAGCCGUUAA